AUGUCUGCCAACGUCCCUGACGGCGCUGCAGCCGCCAUUCUCCAGCCAUCGCACCCUGUCCCUGACGAUGCUAUCUCUGUACAGGGACCAAACUUUGAUACUCCACAGACUCUGGACAGCUUUUUGAGCAGCUAUGAGCGGAUCGGAUUUCAAGCUAAUAGCCUGGGCAAAGCUAUAAAAAUCGUCAGCGAGAUGCGAAAAUGGCGUCUCUCGGACGAACCUGUGGCAGCUGACGAGUCGGAUCAUUAUCUUGAUCCCGAAGUGCGCGCCAAUACUCGCUGCAAUGUCUUCCUGGGAUACACUUCCAAUCUAAUUUCGUCUGGACUACGAGAAGUUAUCCUCCAUCUCGUCAAGCACAAACACGUCUCUGUUCUCGUUACUACCGCUGGCGGUAUUGAAGAGGACUUUAUCAAGUGCCUUGGCAAGACUUACCUGGCUGACUUUAACCUCGACGGCGCGGAGCUGCGCAAAAAGGGCAUGAACAGGAUCGGCAAUCUUAUCGUGCCUAACGAUAACUACUGCAAAUUUGAGGACUGGCUAACGCCCAUUCUCGACACGAUGCUUGCUGAGCAGAAAGCGACGGGCCAGGUGUGGACACCCAGCCGGUUCAUCCACCGCCUCGGCAAGGAGAUCAACAACGAAGAAUCCGUGUAUUAUUGGGCAUACAAAAAUAAUAUCCCAGUCUUUUGCCCCGCGCUAACGGACGGCUCGAUCGGCGACAUGAUAUACUUCCAUUCAUUCCGAUCCCCGGGCCUCAUCCUUGAUAUUGUCGAGGAUAUCCGCCGACUCAACGAGCUGUCAAGGACGUCGCGCAAAGCCGGCAUGAUCGUUCUCGGUGGUGGAGUGUGCAAACACCAGAUCGCAAACGCGAUGCUAAUUCGUAAUGGGGCCGAUUACUCCGUUUUCAUUAACACUGGGCAAGAAUUUGAUGGUUCGGAUUCAGGCGCCCGUCCUGACGAAGCUGUCUCUUGGGGUAAAAUUCGUGCAGGAGCUCAAGCUGUCAAGAUAUUUGCGGAUGCGACCCUAGUCUUCCCAAUGCUUGUCGCAGCGACAUUUGCCAAAGAUGCAGCAAAGAGUCAAACAUAG